GAAGAUGGCGGCGCUGGGCAGAGGCGUGCGCUGGGCCGCGCGGCCGUUCCUGCCGAGCCGCCAGAGCUGGGAGCUCGGUGCGCGGCGCUGGGUCCGGGCCCUGCGGCGGAGGCCCGUGAGAGUGACCUUUCCAGACGGACGAGUGGAGGAGCGGAAGCCCGCUCCUGGGAAGCUGCCCCGGAAGGCGGCGGUCGAGGCCAGCCCCCGGGAGCGGAGGCCGCCGCCGCCGCCCGAGCCCACGCCCCAGGCUCCCCGCACCUGGGAAGAGUCGGGGCUUCGCUAUGAUAAGGCAGCCCCGGGGGACAAGCGGCUGAGCAGCGCCAUGACAAUAGUUAAAUCCCGAUCGUUUCGGGAAAAGCAAGGCAAGAUUCUGCUGGAAGGCCGCAGAUUGAUCGCCGAUGCUCUCCGAGCCGGCGCUAUGCCGCAGGUUUUCUUCUUUAGUCGGCUGGAAUACAUCAAGGAGCUGCCUCUUGACAAGCUGAAAGGUGUCAGCCUCGUUAAGGUGAAGUUCGAGGAUAUCAAGGAUUGGUCGGACCUAGUAACACCACAAGGAAUAAUGGGGGUUUUUGCCAAGCCGGAUCCUACUAAGAUGAAAUUUCCAGAGACUCAGCUUCACCAGUCACUGCCUUUGUUGUUGAUCUGUGACAAUCUCCGUGACCCUGGGAACCUGGGGACAGCUCUCAGAUCCGCUGCUGGGGCUGGCUGUUGUAAGGUCUUACUCACCAAAGGUUGUGUUGACGCCUGGGAGCCCAAAGUGCUGCGGGCAGGUAUGGGUGCGCAUUUCCAGGUGCCUGUCAUCAACAACCUGGAUUGGGAGUCGCUGCCCGGCUACCUGCCCCCUGACACCAGGGUCUUCGUAGCUGACAACUGUGGCCUUCAUGCCCAGGCCCAGAAGUCUGCUUCCGCCAGCGACCCCGGCUGGGUGUCCAGCCACCAGCUCAUGAAGCGUCACAAGUAUGAGGAGGAGGAAGACGGAGAACCAGAAGCCAGUGAAGGCUGGCUCCCAGAACUCGAGGUGCAGAGUUACGACUUGGACUGGACGGAGGCCCCCGCAGCGGUGGUGAUAGGUGGGGAGACCCACGGGGUGAGCCUGGAGUCCCUGCAGCUGGCCGCGAGCACCGGGGGCAGGCGGCUGCUCAUUCCUGUCGUGCCUGGCGUGGACAGCCUCAACUCUGCCAUGGCGGCAAGCAUCUUGCUGUUUGAAGGGAGGCGGCAGUGGCGGGCCAAGGCCGUGCACUCAGGCAGGGACAGGAGUGGCCUAGGAGGGGCACCCUAGCCGGCUGUCUCCAGACCCUGCUCUGCAAGUUCUUGUCAGGCGAGGCGGGUACUGUGGCCCCCAGCCACAGCAGGCAACAAUGAACAGUGUGAUGGAUGCCCUUGGUAUUGAAGAACUCAGUUUUUAUGAAUUUCUGCUCAUCCUCAAAAAAAUAAGGAAGGUUAAAAAUUCUGUUUUUCCUAAGAUCAUUCACCUCCAACUUUUUGGUGGUUCUUUGGUUUUGGUUUUGUUUUGGGGCCACCUCUGGUGGUGUUCAGGGCUUAUUCAUGGCUCUGCACUCAGGGAUCACUCCAUGGAGGGGCUCUGGGGACAUAGAGACCUGGUUGGCUUCAAGGUAGAU